GGCGAGAUGACCGGCAGGAACCUGCCCCAAUGGGCUGCAGGGUGGUUAGUGUGUGGGUGACGGACAGACCCGCAGGCCAACGGGUGGCCAUAAGUGUCUGUGGUCUCCUCCAAUGGAGCAGCGCCGGGGCGGGGCCGCGGCUCGGGUUUAAUGAGACUCCAUUGGGCUGUAAUCAGUGUCAUGUCGGAUUCAUGUCAACGACAACAACAGGGGGACACAAAAUGGCGGCGGCUUAGCUCCUACCCCUGGCGGCGGAGGCAACGGUGGCGGAGGCGACGGCACCUCCUCCAGGCGGCAGCCGCGGCUUCUUUCUCAGGCAGCGGCAGCGCCCCCGGCAGGCGCGGUGGCGGUGGCGCGCGGCCAGAUUUGCUUGAAGAUCUGGACAAUCUUCUUUUUUGUCAUGGACUGUUAAAACAUUUGGAGUUCCAAUUCUGGUCUUGAUUUCCUUGUUAAAGAUGUUCUUCACCCGAAUGCAGUCUUUCCCGUUGGUCAAAUAAGACAACUAUCAACAUUGCCUGUGUGUCCUGUUUUUAAUCUCUUAAGGAUGGAUGUUUGUGAGGUUUUGUUUAAUACGGUCUGGAAUAUUUUGCCCAUUUGUUGAAUUGUAAAUGACUUUUAAAUGUUCAAGUUCUGUUAAAUACAAGGAGAACCUCUAUGGGUAACUUUGGUAUUGAAGAAGUCAUUUGUCAACCAUGGUAAAACUUGCAAACCCACUUUAUACAGAGUGGAUUCUUGAAGCUAUACAGAAAAUAAAAAAGCAAAAGCAAAGGCCCUCUGAAGAGAGAAUCUGCCAUGCAGUCAGCACUUCCCAUGGGUUGGAUAAGAAGACAGUCUCUGAACAGCUGGAACUCAGUGUUCAGGAUGGCUCAGUUCUUAAAGUCACCAACAAAGGCCUUGCCUCCUAUAAGGACCCAGACAACCCUGGGCGCUUUUCAUCAGUUAAACCAGGCACUUUUCCUAAGUCAACCAAGGGGUCUAGGGGAUCAUGUAAUGAUCUCCGCAAUGUGGAUUGGAAUAAACUUUUAAGGAGAGCAAUUGAAGGACUCGAGGAGCCAAAUGGCUCCUCCCUGAAGAACAUCGAGAAGUAUCUCAGAAGUCAAAGUGAUCUCAUAAGCACCACCAACAACCCAGCCUUUCAGCAGCGGCUGCGACUAGGGGCCAAACGUGCAGUGAACAAUGGGAGGUUACUGAAAGAUGGACCGCAGUACAGGGUCAAUUAUGGAAGCUUAGACUGCAAAGGGGCUCCCAAGUAUCCCAGUGCUUUCCCGUCCUCGCUACCACCUGUCAGCCUUCUACCCCAUGAGAAAGAUCAGCCCCGUGCCGAUCCCAUUCCGAUAUGUAGCUUCUGUUUGGGGACUAAAGAAUCAAAUCGUGAAAAGAAACCGGAAGAGCUCCUAUCUUGUGCAGAUUGUGGCAGUAGUGGACACCCAUCCUGUUUGAAAUUUUGUCCUGAAUUAACAACAAAUGUAAAGGCCUUAAGGUGGCAGUGCAUCGAGUGCAAGACAUGCAGUGCAUGUAGAAUCCAAGGCAAAAAUGCAGAUAAUAUGCUUUUUUGUGACUCCUGUGAUAGAGGAUUCCAUAUGGAGUGCUGUGACCCCCCACUUUCCAGAAUGCCAAAAGGGAUGUGGAUUUGCCAAGUCUGCAGACCAAAGAAAAAGGGAAGAAAACUACUUCAUGAGAAAGCUGCACAAAUAAAACGACGAUAUGCAAAACCCAUUGGACGACCGAAAAAUAAAUUAAAGCAACGAUUGUUGUCUGUAACCAGUGAUGAAGGAUCCAUGAAUGCAUUCACAGGAAGGGGGUCACCUGGUAGGGGUCAAAAGACUAAAGUCUGUACCACACCUUCAUCUGGUCAUGCUGCAUCUGGGAAGGACUCAAGCAGCAGAUUGGCUGUUACAGACCUCACUCGGCCUGGUGCCACCACCAAAAUCACCACCACCUCCACCUACAUUUCUGCCUCUACACUUAAAGUUAACAAGAAAACCAAAGGGCUCAUUGAUGGCCUUACUAAGUUUUUUACACCAUCACCUGAUGGUCGCAGAUCACGAGGUGAAAUAAUAGACUUUUCAAAGCACUACCGUCCAAGGAAAAAGGUCUCUCAGAAACAGUCAUGCACUUCUCAUGUGUUGGCUACAGGUACCACACAAAAGCUAAAACCUCCACCUUCUUCACUUCCACCCCCAACCCCCAUCUCCGGUCAGAGCCCCAGUUCACAAAAGUCCAGCACUUCCGCCUCUUCUACCUCUCCCCAGAGUUCUUCCAGCCAGUCCAGUGUGCCCUCCUUUAGCAGUCUUACUAAUAACAGCCAGCUGAAGGCACUCUUUGAUGGACUUUCUCAUAUCUAUACCACUCAGGGACAGUCUCGAAAAAAGGGACACCCAAGUUAUGCACCACCCAAACGUAUGCGUCGUAAAUCUGAAUUAUCUUCCACGGCAAAAUCUAAAGCCCAUUUCUUUGGAAAACGAGAUAUUAGAAGUAGGUUUCUUGCUCACUCCUCCUCCUCUAGCUGGGGGAUGGCUAGAGGACGUAUUUUUAAAGCAAUUGCUCACUUCAAGCGAACAACUUUCCUUAAAAAGCACAGGAUGCUAGGCAGAUUAAAAUAUAAAGUGACCCCUCAGAUGGGGACCCCCUCACCAGGGAAGGGGAGCUUGACAGACGGAAGGAUUAAACCUGAUCAGGAUGAUGAUACUGAAAUCAAAAUAAGCAUCAAACAAGAAAGUACAGAUAUAAAUGUGCUUGGAAACAAGGAUACCGUUACUGAAGAGGACUUGGAUGUUUUUAAGCAGGCCCAGGAACUUUCUUGGGAGAAAAUAGAGUGUGAAAGUGGGGUGGAAGACUGUGGCCGGUACCCUUCUGUAAUAGAAUUCGGGAAAUAUGAAAUCCAAACCUGGUACUCCUCGCCUUACCCACAGGAAUAUGCAAGAUUACCAAAGCUUUACCUGUGUGAAUUCUGUCUUAAAUAUAUGAAAAGUAAAAAUAUUUUGUUAAGACACUCAAAGAAAUGUGGAUGGUUUCAUCCUCCAGCAAAUGAAAUUUACCGAAGGAAAGACCUUUCAGUAUUUGAGGUUGAUGGGAAUAUGAGCAAAAUUUAUUGCCAAAACCUUUGCUUGUUAGCCAAGCUCUUCCUGGACCACAAAACGUUGUAUUAUGAUGUCGAGCCAUUCCUUUUUUAUGUCCUUACAAAAAAUGAUGAAAAGGGCUGUCAUCUGGUUGGAUACUUCUCUAAGGAAAAGCUUUGCCAGCAGAAGUAUAAUGUCUCCUGCAUAAUGAUCAUGCCCCAGCACCAAAGGCAAGGAUUUGGACGGUUUCUCAUUGAUUUCAGCUAUUUGCUUUCUAGAAGAGAAGGCCAAGCAGGGUCUCCUGAAAAGCCACUCUCCGAUCUGGGCCGUCUCUCCUACCUGGCCUAUUGGAAGAGUGUCAUCUUAGAAUAUCUCUACCACCACCAGGAGAGGCACAUCAGCAUCAAGGCGAUCAGCAGAGCUACAGGCAUGUGCCCACAUGACAUCGCCACCACUCUGCAGCACCUCCAUAUGAUUGACAAGAGGGAUGGCAGAUUUGUCAUCAUUAGAAGGGAAAAGUUGAUACUGGGCCACAUGGAAAAGCUGAAAACCUGUUCCCGGACCAAUGAACUUGAUCCAGAGAGUCUAAGAUGGACCCCAAUUUUAAUUUCUAAUGCUGCAGUUUCUGAAGAAGAGCGAGAAGCUGAGAAAGAGGCCGAGCGGCUAAUGGAACAAGCUAGCUGCUGGGAAAAGGAGGAGCAAGAAAUCCUGUCCUCUAGAGCGAACAGUAGGCAAUCACCUGCAAAAGUACAAUCGAAAAAUAAAUAUUUGCAUUCCCCGGAGAGCCGGCCAGUGGCAGGGGAGCGAGGGCAGCUUAUGGAGCUGUCUAAAGAGAGCAGUGAAGAGGAGGAGGAGGAGGAGGAGGAAGAGGAGGAGGAGGAGGAGGAAGAGGAGGAAGAGGAGGAGGAGGAGGAGGAAGAGGAAGAGGAGGAGGAGGAGGAAGAGGAGGAGGAAGAAGAGGAAGAGGAGGAAGAGGAGGAGGAAGAAGAAAAUAUUCAGAGUUCUCCUCCAAGAUUGACUAAACCACAAUCAGUUGCUAUAAAGAGAAAGCGGCCUUUUGUACUAAAGAAGAAAAGGGGUCGUAAACGCAGGAGGAUCAACAGCAGUGUAACAACUGAGACCAUUUCUGAGACGACAGAAGUACUGAAUGAGCCCUUUGACAACUCAGAUGAAGAGAGGCCAAUGCCGCACCUGGAGCCUACCUGUGAGAUUGAAGUGGAGGAAGAUGGAGGGAAGCCAGUCCUGAGAAAAGCAUUCCAACAUCAGCCUGGGAAGAAAAGAAAAACAGAGGAAGAGGAAGAAAAAGACAAUCAUUGUUUUAAGAAUGCUGACCCUUGUAGAAACAAUAUGGAUGAUGAUACAGAUAACUUGAAAGAAGGCAGUAGAGACAAUCUUGAACCUCUAAAGUGCAAACAAGUGUGGCCAAAAGGAACAAAACGUAGUCUAUCUAAGUGGAGGCCAAACAAAGAGAGGAAGACCGGAUUUAAACUGAACUUGUACACCCCGCCAGAAACACCCAUGGAACCUGAUGACCAGAUAACAGUAGAAGAACAGAAGGAGACUCCAGAAGGCAAAACCAGCCCUACUCCCACCAGGAUUGAGGAGGAAGUCAAGGAAGCCGUGGAACCCCUGCUGCCUCGGGAUGAAAACACAAGGGAUGAAACAUGUGCACCGAUAAGUCCAAAUAAAUCACCAGGUGAAAAACCAGAAGAUGAUCUAAUCAAACCCGAGGAGGAAGAAGAGGAGGAGGAAGAAGAGGAAGAGGAGGAAGAAGAAGAAAAUGUAGAAAAAGACCCAGGUGGUGCUAAAAAUCAGGAAAAAGAGGAACCAGAAGUCUUCACGGACAAAGAAGACCCUGUUCCUCUGGAUGAUCAUGAAGAGGAGGAGGAAGAGGAUGAAGAGCCAUCUCACAAUGAGGGUCAUGAUGCAGAUGAUGAAGAUGACAGUCACAUGGAGUGUGGAGAAGCAGAGAAGGAAGAACGCCCAAGAGAAUCCUUUAAAGAAGUACUAGAAAACCAGGAGGCUUUUUUAGACCUUAGUGUCCAGCCUAGUCAUUCGAACUCAGAGGUCCUAAUGGAGUGUGGCGUUGACCUUGCAGCUGCGUGUAACAGUGAACCUAAGGAGCUUUCUAGAGACACUGAAGCUGCACCUGAAUCUGAUGAGGAAUCCCCAGAAGAACAGGCACAGAAGCAGGACCAAAAGAGUGGCGAAGAAGUGGAUUCUGAGUUCAAAGAGAGAAACACGACGGCCAUGGAAAUUGACUCUGAGACCGUUCAGGCAGUUCAAUCUUUGACCCAGGAGAAUAGUGAACAGGACGACACUUUUCAGGAUUGUGCUGAGACUCAAGAGGCCUGCAGAAGCCUACAAAACUACACCCAUGCAGACCAAAGCCCACAGAUAGCCGCCACUCUAGAUGAUUGCCAGCAGUCAGACCACAGUAGCCCAGUUUCAUCCGUCCAUUCCCAUCCUGGCCAGUCAGUACGUUCUGUCAACAGCCCAAGUGUCCCUGCCCUGGAAAACAGCUAUGCCCAAAUCAGCCCGGAUCAAAGUGCCAUCUCCGUGCCGUCUUUGCAAAACAUGGAAACCAGUCCAAUGAUGGAUGUCCCGUCAGUUUCAGAUCAUUCCCAGCAAGUCGUGGACAGUGGAUUUAGUGACCUGGGCAGUAUCGAGAGCACAACCGAGAACUACGAGAACCCUAGUAGCUAUGAUUCUACUAUGGGCGGCAGCAUUUGCGGAAACGGCUCUUCACAGAACAGCUGCUCCUAUAGCAACCUCACCUCUAGCAAUCUGACACAGAGCAGCUGUGCUGUCACCCAGCAGAUGUCCAACAUCAGUGGGAGCUGCAGCAUGCUGCAGCAAACCAGCAUCAGUUCUCCCCCAACCUGCAGCGUCAAGUCUCCUCAAGGCUGUGUGGUGGAGAGGCCUCCGAGCAGCAGCCAGCAGCUGGCUCAGUGUAGCAUGGCCGCUAACUUCACCCCACCGAUGCAGCUGGCCGACAUCCCUGAGACUGGCAACGCCAACAUUGGCUUAUAUGAACGAAUGGGUCAGAGUGAUUUUGGGGCUGGGCAUUACCCACAGCCAUCAGCCACCUUCAGCCUUGCCAAACUACAGCAGUUAACUAAUACACUUAUUGAUCAUUCAUUGCCUUACAGCCAUUCCGCUGCUGUAACUUCCUAUGCAAACAGUGCCUCUUUGUCCACACCAUUAAGUAACACAGGGCUUGUCCAGCUUUCUCAGUCUCCGCACUCUGUCCCUGGGGGACCCCAAGCACAAGCUACAAUGACCCCACCCCCCAACCUGACUCCUCCUCCGAUGAAUCUGCCACCGCCUCUUUUGCAACGGAACAUGGCUGCAUCAAACAUUGGCAUCUCUCACAGCCAAAGACUGCAAACCCAGAUUGCCAGCAAGGGCCACGUCUCCAUGAGAACCAAAUCGGCAUCUCUGUCACCAGCCGCUGCCACCCAUCAGUCUCAGAUCUAUGGGCGCUCCCAGACUGUAGCCAUGCAGGGUCCUGCACGGACUUUAACGAUGCAGAGAGGUAUGAACAUGAGUGUGAACCUGAUGCCAGCCCCAGCCUACAAUGUCAACUCUGUGAACAUGAACAUGAAUACUCUCAAUGCCAUGAAUGGGUACAGCAUGUCCCAGCCGAUGAUGAACAGCGGCUACCACAGCAAUCAUGGCUACAUGAAUCAAACACCCCAAUACCCUAUGCAGAUGCAGAUGGGCAUGAUGGGAACCCAGCCAUAUGCCCAGCAGCCAAUGCAGACCCCGCCCCAUGGUAACAUGAUGUACACGGCCCCCGGACAUCACGGCUACAUGAACACGGGCAUGUCCAAACAGUCUCUCAAUGGGUCCUACAUGAGAAGGUAGGCAACAUGGGCAGUCACAAGAUCCCCCUGGGCAUCACUAUUGGAUUGAAUCUGCACAAAUACCUUCGAAGAGUACGAUUUCAAAACCAGCAAUUGGUGUGAAUGCAAAAACAUUUGUUGGCACCAUUUAUUU